AUGAAUCUAACUGUGAAGCUCCGCAGAAGUUUCAGAACACUGGUCAUUCUCCUGGCAACCUUCUGCUUAGCAAGCAUCAUCAUUUCUGCCUAUUACCUCUACACUGGCUACAAGCAGGAAAUUGCCCUCGUGGAAACUACCGGAGAAGCAGAGUGUGAAGAUCUCAAGCUUCUACCAUACAGGUCCCUGGAGCUGAAAACAGCCAAGCCAAUUGAUCCUUCUAGAACUGAUCCCACUGUCCUCCUGUUCGUGGAAAGCCAGUACUCCCAGCUGGGGCAAGACAUCAUAGCCAUCCUUGAGUCCAGCAGAUUUCAGUACCAUAUGGUCAUCGCGCCAGCCAAGGGGGAUAUUCCCCCUCUCACAGACAAUGGAAGAGGAAAAUACACAAUUGUUAUAUAUGAGAAUAUUUUAAAAUAUGUAUCCAUGGACUCGUGGAAUAGAGAGCUUCUGGAAAAAUACUGUGUGGAAUACAGUGUUAGCAUAAUUGGUUUUCAUAAAGCCAACGAGAACAGCUCCCCAAGUACAAAACUGAAAGGAUUGCCGUUGCAUCUUUACAAUAAUGUAGCCCUCAAAGACUGUGUGGUAAACCCUCAGUCUCCUCUGCUGCGCAUUACCAAAGCACCAAUGGUUGAGAAAGGUCCACUGCCCGGUGAAGACUGGACAGUUUUCCAGUUUAACCAUUCCACCUAUCAACCUGUGCUUGUAACGGAACUGCAGACCUCCAGACCACCCCCCACAGCGUUGCCAAUGGCUGCUCUGUAUGCAACCGUCAUCCAAGACUUGGGACUUCAUGAUGGGAUACAAAGAGUCCUUUUUGGAAACAACCUGACCUUCUGGUUGCACAAGCUGAUCUUUAUUGAUGCCAUCGCUUUCCUUUCGGGGAAGAAGCUCACACUGUCCUUGGAUAGGUACAUUCUGGUUGACAUAGACGACAUCUUUGUUGGAAAAGAGGGAACAAGGAUGAAAAUCAACGAUGUGAAGGCUUUACUAGAGACUCAAAAUUUACUGCGCACUCAGGUUGCAAAUUUUACCUUCAACCUUGGAUUUUCAGGAAAAUUUUACCAUACAGGAACAGAAGAGGAAGAUGAAGGUGAUGACCUGCUGUUGAGGUCUGUAGAUGAGUUUUGGUGGUUUCCCCAUAUGUGGAGUCACAUGCAGCCUCAUCUCUUCCACAAUGAGUCAUCAUUGGUGGAGCAGAUGAUCCUCAACAAAGAGUUUGCAAUA